GCAUCUGAGGUAGACAGAGUCACAGAGACAGGAUAGUGGGUAUAGCGAGAGGGCACUGUGAUCACCCAACCCCUUUAUGUGAAGCCUCCUCUAGGAGCACUGAGUCCAUCUGGAGCCAAGGGUCCAUAGGCACGCAGAAUCAAAAUGGAGUCCUUCAGCUCUAAAGACAUGGCCAUGAAGGCCCAGAAGAAAAUCCUCAGCCAUAUGGCCAGCAAAUCCAUGGUGCAGAUGUUCAUUGAUGACACCAGCAGCGAAAUCCUGGACGAGUUCUACCGUGUCUCCAAGGAAUACUCUGGGAACCGCACAGAGGCCCAGAAGGUGGUCAAAGACCUGGUCAAGGUGGUGGUAAAGGUGGGCGUUCUCUUUCGGCACGAUCGCUUCAGUAAAGAGGAGCUCAGCCUGGCUCAGGACUUCAAGAAGAAGCUGCACCAGGGGGCCAUGACGGCAAUCAGCUUCCAGGAGGUGGAGUUCACAUUUGAUAGGGCUGUCAUGACGGAGCUUCUGACAGAUUGUAGGGACAUCCUGCUGAAGCUCGUGGAGAAACACCUGACACCCAAAUCCCUCGGGCGCAUUCGGCAUGUCUUCAACCACUACUCUGACCAAAACCUACUGACCAACCUCUACACCCCCGGUGGCCCUCUCUGGCCUAAUCUCACCAAGAUCUGCAAUGGCCUGAACAAACUGGUUGAGGAAGGAAAGCUAUGAGUGGGAAUUCCAAACAGUGCUGGAAAAAUGAGAAACUUUUGCAAGCCUAUUAAAGAAUUCUGAAUUCAGUUUGCCCAAUGAAAAUACCAGGAGAUAUCAUUUUGGUAGCUUAAUGGGGACACUGAUUCAGUGUCAGUUGAUGUAGAUAUUGAUUUAUGUUGGGAUCUUUAUGAGGACAUGGAAUCAUCGUCCUUGCUUUACAACAUAAGCCAUCUGCAUUAGGACUGGGCGAUAUAUUGAAUGUGCACGACAUGCAUAGUCACAUUUCAGUAUCUCACAAUAUUACCUCUACCUCUGCCUAAAUGCAUUUCAGUCAAAUGCUGUUGGAGCUAAGUAAAGUCCAUUCAAAUAUGA